AUGGCUCCCUCCCCGGCGGCUGGAAAGCAACAGGCUGCGCCUAAGACACCGACAAAGCUAACGCGGAAGCCACAAAACACUCCCCAGAAGCUCGGUCAAUCAGCUCAAUCAACGGGCGGCAAAGGCACCCCAUCAACUCCGAAGGCUGCCAGCGCGAAGAAGCCAGAGACUAGCACUCCUUCGCAGCCCAAGAAGCCAGACACCGGCAAAGCUCAGCAGACUGCUCAGGGCGCCGCCGACAAUGCCAAGCAGCAAGCUGGCGACACCGCCGAGCAGGCGCAAAGCUCUGCUGGCGGUGACGACGAUGAGGGCCCCAUGAGCAAGGUCAGCGAGACUGGCGAACAAGCCAAGGAAGGUCUCGAGGAGGCCGCUCCGGAACCCAUUAAUGAUGACGAUGACGACAACGCGGUAGAAGGCGCCCAGCAACAGGCGCAAGACACCGCCGAAGAAGCGGGCGAUGACGCAGAAGAUGUCGCCGACGACGCGACAGAGAAGGCUGGCCAGACUGUCGAAUCCGCGGACGACGCGACCGAUGACCAGCAGCAGGAUGACCAGGACCAGGAGCAACAGCAAGGUGAGGAGCAGCAAGGUGGCCUUCUGAAGGGUGCUCAAGGUUUGGCAGGUAAAGCUUCCGGCCUCGCCGGCAAAGCUUCGCAGGACCCCUCCGGUGCCGCUCAGGAAGCCGGCGACGACGCCAAGCAAGGAGCCGAAGAGACCGCCGAAGGUGCCGAGGAGACUGCGGACGAGGGUCUCGAUGAGGCACAGAAGGUCGCUGGCGAGGGCACCGACGAGGCUGAAGAUGCCACUGACGGUGCCGAAGACCAGGCCGAAGGUGCUGUUGAGGGCGCCACCGACGGCGUUGAAGGCGCUGCAGAGGAUGCUCAGGACCAGGCCGAAGGUGCAGCAGAAGGUGCCCAAGACCAAGCCGAGGGCGCUGCAGAGGGCGCUGAAGAGACUGCCGAUGGUGUCACCCAGGAGGAACCCCAACCACCAGAGGGUCUACCUCUUGACCUCUCCAUCCUCAAGGGUCUUGAAGUCCAGGAUGAUGGCGGUGUUGUCGACAGCGAAGGCAAUCCAGUUGGCAAGCUUGCCGAGGGUGACGCUGAAGACCUCGCUGGCUACCCCAUUGGCGACGAAGGUGAAAUUCUGGACGAAGAUGGUGACCUCGUUGGCCGAGUCGAGCUCCUUCCCGACCAGGUCAAGAAGCAGAUCGAGGAGGCUCGCGAGCAAGGCCAGGAGCUUCCAGAGGGCGUUGACGAGUACCUUGACCAGGUCUCCCAGUUCGCCGGUGGCCCAGAAGAGGGCGAGGAGGAAGAUGAGGAGGCUGGCCCACAACUGCCUGGCCUCGACAUCAUGGAAGGUCUUACGUGCCAGGUCGACGGAAUCAUCUACGACAGCGAGGGCAACACCAUUGGUGUCGUUACUGAUGGUGACCCAUCCGAGCUUCAGAACGCCACCCUCAACGACCAGGGCGAGUUCAUCGACGAUGAUGGAAAUGUUGUCGGCCAUGCCGACAUUCACGAUGACGCCGCAGACCUUGUUGAGCAAGGUGUCUACCCUGCCGCUGGCGCUGCUGAGGAGGCCGCCGAGGAGGGCGUCGAGGGCGCUGAAGACCAAGUCGACGGCGUCACUGACGAAGCAGACGCGCUUGGCGAUGAAGCCGAAGGCGCUGCAGAAGAGGGCGCCGAAGCCGCCGAAGGCGAAGCCGAGGGCAUCGAAGACGAACUCCCUGGCAUCGAGGCCCUUGAAGGCAAGGAGCUCAACGACGCCGGCGAAGUCGUCGACGAAGGCGGCAACAUCCUCGCCAGCAUCCAGGACGAGGAGCUCAAGCGCAAGAUCGAAGAAGGCGAGAUCGACCCCGACACCCUCCAGAUCAACGACGAGGGUCAAGUUGUUGACGAGGAAGGAAAUGUCCUCGAAACUCUUGAUCUCGCCGACGGCGCUGCUGAGCGUCUCGCCGGCGGCCCUGUCCUUGACAUGCGCAUUCUUGAUGGCAAGAAGAUCAACAAGAAGGGCAAGAUCCUCGAUGAGGAUGGUGAGGAAAUUGGUGAGCUCCGCGACGGCGAGCUGUCCGAGUGUGCUGGCAAGAAGGCCAAUGACAAGGGCGAGGUGCUUGACAAGCAGGGCAACAUCAUCGGUCACGUGAAUGUCGUCCGUGGCGAGGCCGCCGAGAACGCCACCAAGGAGUUGCUCGAAGAGCUUGGAGAGACUCAACCUGAGGAAGAGCAGGCUGCCAUUCCGGACCUGACCAAGCUUGAUGGCUUGAAGGUCAACAAGAAGGGUAUGAUCCUCGAUGAGGAUGGUGAGCCCAUUGGUCAGCUCAUUGACGGCGACGUCUCUGAGUGCGCUGGCAAGAAGGUCAAUGACCAGGGUGAUGUCCUCGACAAGGACGGCAACGUCAUUGGUCGUGUCACUACCCUUGGUGAGGACGGCGAGCCUGAGAUGCCGCAAGAGGAAGGUGAGGAAGAAGGUCAGGAGGAGGCGGAGGGCGAGGCCGAAGAAGAAGAAGAAGAGACUGGUCCUGAGCUACCACCGCUCUCCAUCCUCGAAGGCCUGUCUGUCAACAAGGCCGGCAAGCUCAUCGACGCCAACGGCACCAUUGUCGGUGAACUCGUCGAGGGCGAUGCGAAGAAGCUCUCCAAGUCCGGCAUCACCUCCGACGCUGAGGGACAGUUCUGGGACAACAAGGGCCAUGUUAUCGGUCGUGCCCAGACCUUGCCUCAAGAAGAGCCGGAAGAGGAAGCAAUCUUCGCUGGUCUCGAGGGCCUGCACGUCGUCGAGGAUGGUUUCGUACAAGACGAGAAUGGAUACAACGUCGGCUACGUCACCGAGGGCGACGCGAAGAAGCUUAUCGGCCGUGAGGUUGACGAGGACGGAGACAUCAUCGACAAGAAGGGUUCUGUUGUCGGGCACGCCGAGCGCUACGAGCCUGAGGAGGAAGAGCCAGAGCCGGAAGAAGAGCCAGUCGACCUCUCGUCCUUGCAGGGCAAAACGGUCAACAAGUCUGGUCUUGUCAUUGGCGAUGAGGGUGUACCUGUCGCCCGCUUGGUCGAAGGCCGUGUCAAGGAGCUUUCCGGCAAAGAGCUCGACGAUCAAGGACAGAUCUGGAACGACAAGGGCAAGGUCAUCGGCCGCGUCGAGAUGAUUCCGGAGGAGGAGCGUGAGUCCAAGCCUGAAGGACCUUUCGCUGGUCUGGAAGGCCUGCGUGUCAUCGACGGCGGACGCAUCGCCGAUGAGGAUGGCAACGAGGUUGGCGAGAUCGUUGAAGGCAACCCGAAGCGACUUGUCGGUCUCAGUGUCGACGAGGAUGGAGACAUUCUCGACAAGUACGGCAACGUGAAGGGUCACGCCGAGCCUCUGCCAGAGGAGGAAGAGGAGGUGAUUGACAACAGCAUUCUGGCUGGCAAGACGCUCAACAAGCAGGGCUACGUUGUCGAUGAGAAUGGUGUGCCAUUUGGCCGUCUCGUUGAGGGUGAUGCCAAGGAGCUGGCUGGACGUCAAUGCGAUGAGCAGGGCUUGAUCUACAACGAUGUUGGCAAGGCUGUCGGUCGCUGCGAGGUCAUCCCCGAGAACGAGCGCGUUAGCCGCCCAGAGGGCCCAUUCGCUGGACUCGAGGGACUACGUGUGGUCAAGGACGGCUGGGUCGAGGACGAAGACGGCAAUCGCGUCGGUGUCAUCGAAGAGGGCAACGCUAAGAAAUUGGUCGGCAUGGCUGUCGACGAAGACGGUGAUAUCCUUGACAAGUACGGCAACGUCAAGGGUCACGCCGAGUAUUACGAGGAGCCUGAGGAGGAGGAAGUCGACCUUUCGGCUCUUGCUGGCACGCGCAUUAACAAGAACGGCAAUGCCGUCGACUUCUCCGGCCAGAUCGUCGGGCGUGUCGUGGAGGGUGAGGUCAAGAGCAUGAUUGGCAAGAAGGUCGAUGGCCAAGGCCAGAUCUGGGAUGACAACGGUAAUGUUGUGGGACGCUGCGAGCUGGUUUACGGAGAGGACACUUCACCCGAAGGUCCCUUCGCCGGCUUUGAGGGUCUGCAAAUCAACAAGGACGGCACCAUCAGCACACCUGGUGGCGACAUUAUCGGUCGUAUCAUCGAAGGCGAUAUCCAGAAACUGCUCGGCCACACUGUUGACGAGGACGGCGACAUCGUCGACAAGAACGGCAACUCCAUCGGCAAGGCUGAACGCUGGGAGCCGGAGGAGAAGGAACGUCGCGUCAGCCCCAUGUCCGGCAAGCGCGUCAACAAGGAGGGCGAGGUGCGCGACGAGCAGGGCGACAUCAUGGGCAAGCUUACCUCGGGCGACCUCGUCCACUGCGUCGGGCAGGAAGUCGACGACGCCGGCAACGUAGUCGACGUCGACGGCAAUAAGAUCGGCGAGGUCACGCUCAUCGAGAACAUUGUCGAGGAAGAGUACGAGGGCCCUACCGAGGAGGAGCUAGAAGAAGCCCGCAAGCGCGAAGAAGAGCGCGAGAUCGCGGAGAAGAUGGGCGGCAUCUGCACGCAGACGCUCGAGCGCAUGCAGCCCAUCUGCAAGCAGAUCAGCGACCACAUGGAGAAGGCGGACCGCACGCCCAAGGAGGAGCUGGACGAGGAGGAGCUUGUCAACAACGUCAAGCCGCUCAUCGAAGAGGCCGGACGGGUGCUGCAGGAGUGCAACGGCUCGCUGCGCGGUCUGGACCCUGACGGAAGGAUCGCUGCGCAGGCGAAGGGUCGCGCUGGCACGGGUGAAGCGACGCCCGAGGAGUAUCGCCUGGCGGAGACGCUGAAGGAGUUGACGACGACGGUGGUCAAGACGGUUGAUGAUGCGAAGAAGAAGCUCAACGACAUGCCGCAUGCGAAGAAGAAGCUGAACCCGCUCUGGGGCCUGAUGACGCAGCCGCUGUUCCAGAUCCUGGCGGCCGUUGGGUUGUUGCUGGCUGGUGUGCUGGGGCUUGUUGGGCAGCUGCUCAAUGGUCUCGGUCUCGGCGGUCUGGUCAAUGGGCUCAUGGGCGGUCUUGGAAUCAACAAGCUGCUCGAGUCGUUCGGCAUCGGUGGUGGCGGGUCGAAGGAGAAGAAGAAGGGCGGUGGUGGAGGUUUGUCCUCGCUGCCGAUCGUUGGUGGCUUCUUGGGUGGUGACAAGAAGUAA